AUGUCGCGACCUUCAAAGAAACUGGUCUGGUUCGGUGGUAAACCCCCCACCCCGGCCGACACCAUCAACGGCGCCGCCACUACCAACACCAACACCACCACCACAUCCUCUGCAUCCUCAACCUCGACCCGGCAGCCCCGGAAGAACCCCGAACCCGAACCCGAACCGCGCAAGCUCGCCGUGGUCCUCGAAGACCUCCCGACCUACCGCCGCUAUAAACGCGGCAGCGGUCCUCCUCUGCGCCCGAUAACCCUCGCUCCGCCCCGCGACUCGACGGCCUACAUCCGCGACGAGUUCUUCGUCCCGCCCGCGCUCUCUGACGACGGUAAGAAGCGUCUUCAAUACGUGGUGGGAUGGAUGGAUCUGCCGGCCGCGCGGGUCGUGGUCGACGCCGAGCGGAUAUGCGACUACGUUUCGCCCAUGGCGUACGAGGAGUGGUGCGCCGCGAGAGCUGAGGAGCGGGAUGAGGAGGAGCGACGGCUGGAGGAGGCGGAGAAUGUGCGCACUGUUGAGGAGGCUGUGGCGAGGGAGAGGGGCGCUGCGAUACCAGGCGAGAAGGGCGGAAAGGGUGCAAAGAGGGGCCGGAAGAGGAAGCAUGUAGCGGCGGAAGAGUUGAGGACACCACCACCCGCCACGACUGCGGACGGGAAGAAGAAGAAACGGGGCAGGCCGAGGAAGAAUGUGCCUUCGCUUUCUACACCGUCCAAGAGCGCCUUGGUGGAUGACUUCAGGGAGUUCGAUACGGAAGGGGAUGUGGACGUCGAGAUGGAAGAAGCAGCCGACGAAGAGGCCGACGACGAGGCCAUCUUUAGGCAACUCAACGGGACUGGUACAUCGACACCUUUACUCCUGACGGAAGACUCAUACGACUCUGGCGAACAGAGCAGUCUCCCCGCGGCCCUAGAACCCCCGAGCAAGAAACAGAGGACCCGGUCACCGAGACCCGCGCUAUCGCGAUUCAUGCCGGGCAUCGAGACGGACACCAGCAGUCGGAGUACUCCCUUUGACUCGUCCAGAGGAGCCACCAGCUCACCGGCACUACCGCCGCUACCCCAACCGCCGGCGGCGGGUCUCCAGAGUAAUAGUGGCUGGCCUCGGGAGUUGCCUAUCUUCCCGCCGAUACCCCCGGCCUCCGCGAACCGCACAUCCACGCCCACGGCUCCGCGGAUAGCAAAGACACAGCAACCGCCGAAAAGGUCUCUCCUCUCAAUACGAGACCCCCCUUCCACGCCCCAGCAGUCAUCCUCGCCAAAGGUGCGAACGCCUACACCGAAAGCGAGCAGUAUGCUUCCCCCUCCAGCGACAGCGCCCACGGCGUUGAACACGACACAGAACGGGACAGGCACGGAUACAGGCUGGACUCACACUCCGAUACCGAAGCCGGGCUCUACGCCUUUGAUACAAAACACGACACCUUGGACGAUCUCUCUCGCGGCCUCCAAAUCCUCAACCUCCUAUUCACAACUGACGCCCUCGCAACCAGUUCAGUCAAUAGAACAUCCCAUUUCUACGACGCCUAUACCAAUACCCAAGAUACCAACCUCAAAACCACACAUCAUACCAAGCUCACGAGAACCACAACAAGCACCGCUACCACAAACCGCCUCAGCACCCCCCGCAACGACAACAGGUAGCACAAGCGCAGCCACAAAAUCCAAAUCCACCACAAGUAGACUUCACACCGCGCGGAAAACCGGAACGGUAGCAGCACCAACAGCAACACAAGAUGAUGACGAAAAAGAGGAAGAAGAAGGAGAAGACGAACAAGUCUACGAAGUCCUCCGCAUCGAAGGCUUCGAAGACCGCGUCUCCCGCCGCAGCGGCAAAAAACUAGGCCGCUUCUUCCAGGUCCGGUGGAAGGGCAACUGGCCCUCGUCCAUGAAUCCGACGUGGGAGCCCGAGUCCAACAUCCCGCAGCACGUGAUUCAGAGGUUCUACUUCGAAAAGGGCACCACGCCAAAGAGGAACAUACAGGCGGGCGCCAUGGAUAAGUACCUCGUGCUGAAGAAGUACGCAUCCGUGGCGCGGGCGGUUGAGGGCGAGGACGAACUUGUCGGGGGCGAUGGACAUCACAGCAGCAGUAACGGUAAUGGGGUUACGGCUGCGGCUAAGGCUGCACUUGCGACAGAGGAAGGCGAUGAGAAUGCUAUGGCCCAAAUUAAAGUCGAGGGCGAUGAUGAUGAAGGCAACGAUAUGAUGCUCGUUACCGACUUUCGAAACCUUCUUGACCCCGAGAGAAGGUUCUAG